AUGGGUUCAUGUCAGAGUCAAGAAGCUCAGGAGCAGCUCGCUCGGAAUAAAGCUAUCGAAAAGCAACUCAAUCAGGAUAAGCGUACUGGCUCUUCGAUCGUCAAACUGUUAUUACUCGGCAUUCAUAUACUCAUAGUACAAGGAACGGAAAAGAAAAACACUUAUGGCGCACUUUUAAGUUAUCCGGUUCCAGUUUAUGGUUAA